AUGGCCAAGCAAGAAAAAAGCCUAAAAUCAGGCUUCGUAAUAAAACUUUCCAACGAGACUGCACAAAAACUAGCCGAAGAAGAACAACAGGCUAAAAUUCGUCAAGAGGAAGUAACCGGAAAUAAUUUAGAGACAAUAAAUUCUGGUAAAUUAGACAUUAAAGACAUAAAAAAUGCAACACCAGUUAGCCUUGACAGCAAGAAGGUUAUUAGUGAAGAGGUUAGUGAAUCCAGUAAACAAAGUACAAAAAGUAUAGAUCUAGAGUCAAAAAAGGAAGGACAUGAUGUUAAUAUUUCGGAUGCUGAUCCCAAUGUGAAAAAAGAUGUAUCAAAUACCUCAUCUUGGAGUGAUCAUGCCCCAUAUGUUACUUAUGAAGGUGAAGAAGCUAUUUACACAGAUCCUUCAACACAUCAGAAAUACAAAUGGAACAAGGAUUCUUCUUCCUGGGAUGUCCAAGAAGAUGACAGCCGAGUUUAUAGCUAUGAAGAUGAUACCCACAUAUACACAGAAUCAGACGGGUCUAAGUUCUUUUGGGAUGUAGACAAGAGAGCAUGGAUACCUAAAGUUGAUGAUGAAUUUUUAGCUUAUUAUCAGAUGUCAUACGGUUUUGUUGAUAAUAAAACGGAGGAAAAACCGAAAGUCGAAGAGAAAAAGAAAGAGCCAAAACCAGCAGAGCCUACUCCUGGUACAAUUAAGAGGAAACAAGAGGCACAAUGGUUUCAACCAGAUGAAGAGACAAAUACAAAAGUGUAUGUUUCUAAUUUACCGCUAGAUCUAACAGAGGAAGAGUUUGUCAACUUUAUGCAAAAAUGUGGUCUUGUGGAGCGAGACCCUAGUACACAGAAAAUGAAAGUAAAGCUGUAUUUCGACAAAGAACAUAACUGUUUUAAAGGAGAUGCACUAUGUACUUAUAUAAAAAUUGAAUCUGUGGACCUGGCACUCAAAUUGUUAGACGGUAGUCAUCUGAAAGGUAAUAAAAUUAAAGUGGAGAGAGCCCAUUUUCAAAUGAAAGGAAAUUACAAUCCUGCCUUAAAACCUAAAAAGAGAAAAAAGAAAGAAUUGGAGAAAAUAAAAAAAAUGCAACAAAAGUUGUUUGAUUGGAGACCAGAAAAGUUAAUUGGAGAACGGUCAAAACAUGAACGGGUUGUUAUAGUUAAGAAUUUGUUCCACCCUACAGACUUUGACAAAGAAGUGCAGUUAAUUCUGGAUUAUCAACAAGAUUUGAGAGAAGAAUGUACAAAGUGUGGGGAAGUGAGGAAAGUUGUUAUUUAUGACAGGCAUCCUGAAGGAGUAGCUCAGAUAACUAUGAAAGAACCAGAAAUGGCUGAUGCAGUAAUUCAACUUAUCAACGGAAGGUGGUUCGGAAAAAGGCAAAUCACCGCUGAAAUAUGGGAUGGGAGGACCAAAUAUAGAAUUGCUGAAACAGAUUCUGAAAUUAGCAAAAGGAUAGGUAAAUGGGAUGAAUUUUUAACAGGCAAGGAAGGUGAAGAUGGAGUAAAAAAAGAAGAAGUAGAGAAAAAAGAAGAAAUAGAGAAAAAAGAAGAAAUAGAGAAAAAAGAAGUAGAGAAAAAAGAAGAAGUAGAGAAAAAAGAAGAAGUAGAGAAAAAAGAAGAAAUAGAGAAAAAAGAAGAAGUAGAGAAAAAAGGAGAAGAUGCAGCAAAUAAAGGAGUUUUAGUAUCAAACAAUGUUGAUACUAAUAUAUCAGAUAAAAUCAAUGAAAAUAGUGGAAAUUUAACUGAACCAGUUACUAAUGCUUUAGAAAUACCAGAAGAGAAAGUUGAAUAA